AGCCACUAUUCAGGCUAGCAUACAAAUUUAUAGUUAAAGCAUUUUCCGGGUAUCGGUAGUUCUCGAUAUAAUCUACAGAAAGACACACAUAUAUUCCUGAAACUACGUACUCCCCCAAAAAAAAAUACACUUAGAGAACGAAAGAAACUUUCUUUGAAAGCCGACAAAGGACAAGCUUACAGAAUGUCGGAAACUGGAGAAAACUCUGAUGAGGAGACCUAUGCGGAGGAGUCCUUCGAGGAGGACUCCCAAUCAGAGGUGGAGGAGCAGGAGGAGCAAGAGGAAGAGGUGGAGGACGAGGAGGAAGAUGACGAUGAUAACAUUGAGGAGGAACCAGAUCGAAAUGCAGCUUCUCUGCUGGAGGAGAGCGACACGCAGAGCGAAAGUGAUGCGGAAGCGGAGUUUCUGCGGGGAAACCCACACGCCCGUCGGCAGUUGAACGCCCGAUCCGCUGGCGGCUUCAAUCGAGAUCGCAUAAAGCCCUAUUUAGACUCCUCCUCCGAGGAUGAGAGCCAAGUGGUCAUAACCAAGACGGUGGCCGAAGUGAAUCAGCUUAGUCUGCGACUGGGCAACUCCCUGGAGGAUGAGACCCCCUCGGUGCGCACUCUGACUCCAGGCAGUGCCCACUCCCCGACUAAAGCUGAUAAUGCCGACGAUGACGACGAGGAGGCUGAAGUCGAGGAAGUCGAAGAGGAGGAGGAAGUUCAAGAGGACGAGGAGGAUGCCCAAAGCGAUGGUACCAUUGGGUCGAACGAAGGUCGCCGUUCCGCAGAGGAAAGCGAUGAAGAUGAGGCCACGGAUGUGGAAGUGGAGCCACUGGAGGAGGAUGAACCAAUAGCAACGGCUGUAUGCAGAAAGAGCGAACAGGAGAAGAUUCAGCUGCCGACGGAGGACAUUGUUUCCCUGGUGGAUGCCAGUGAUAACAGCAGCGAGAUCAGUGUGGCCACCAUUGGACCGGCGGGGGAUGAAACAGACGCUACCUUGGAGGAGGCUUCACCUCGAUUUAAAGGACAGCCAGUGAUCGUGGAGGAAGAAGAACCCAAGGUGGAUCAAAUGGAGGAACCAUUACCGAACAAUAAUGAACUCCUAGAUAAUAGUGGCGAUACCUCGCUGACUGAGCAACCUGAUCUGACAAGGGUUCGCUACCUGGAGCAGCAGAUGACCCAGAUGUCGGAGAUUAUAAUGAAGUCGUUCCAGCUCAAUGGUGGACCCACCAAUAGCCAAGCCUUCGAGCAGCUCGCAAUGGCCACAGAGCUAAUGCAAAAGCGGAGUCAAAUACGCGAGGAAUCUGAAUCCGAGAUGGUAUCCGUAUCGGAAUCAGCAAUGACUAGUGCUCGCAGUUUGGGAGGAGGCAGACCUCCGAUUAGAAUGCCGAUGCAGCGCUCCCAGGAAGCGCUAAUCACGACGCGUUCCUCCAAGCUGAUCAGGCCCAAGUGCAGGUGUCCCUCGGAAUCGGAUCUGCUCGAGCAGGAGCAGGAACUGGAGAUGGGUCAAGAACUGGGCCAGCAUCUGGAUCCGAACCUUGGUCUGGGUUUGGGAAUGGACGAAAGCUACCUCGAGGAUGAGUGUGGUCAGGGAGACGGACUCAUGAGGCAUCCGCACCAGCGCAGACCGGCGGAGUUCAACAGACGAGCGGCGAGCGGUACUCCAAGCACCUUCAAUAGCGACGGAUGCGAAUAUCCUAUUAAUGUAUCGCGUUCAAGAUGCUCCAACGAAAAGGUCAACUACAAAAACAUUGGACGUAAGAGCUUCAGCUUCACAAAUCCCCAGGUUCGUGAGAUCGAGCGCCAGAAUCAGAUUCUUCUUCGAAAAAUGAUGACCGUGAAGCCCACGGCCACAAUCAAGGCGAGCACCAGUAGUCUAAAGGUUAAUGCUCCCGAGAAGCGACAGCCUCCGCCGGCUCCGCGUCUCUCCAGCGCUGCUAUUAACCGAAAGAAGUUCCAACGCCAGAUCGAUCUGGACAACGAUCUCUUAAAGCGGAAACUGGAAGCCAUUGGCACCCGGCGCCCGCAAUUCAAAUGACGCCUCUACGGGCAGCUCCAACUGUGUUCAUUAUGUGUUUAAUGCGAAUUUACAAAAUUAAAAUUUAUUGCAAGUUGAGAAAUGAAGAAAA